AACGUAAAGUUUAAAUUGAUUACCGCAAUCAAAUUUAAUAGGCAAAAAAGUCUUCUAAGAAUUGAACAAUACCUUAUUUAAGGAUAACGUGGUAAUAUCAGUAACCCAAAAAAAAGGAAUUUUUUAAUCUUUGAAUGGGUGAUUAUUUAACUGUGCCAUUCUUAGCACUGGUAAUAAGCUAUCGAUAGUGUAAGCUAUCGCGAGUGUCAUCCCUAGAAUAGAGCCGGAAUAAAACAAAAAAUUCGCAACAAAAGGCUACAAUUUCAUUCAUAGUAUAUUCACCAUGGACUCCGACGCAGCACAAAAGACCUGGGAGCUGGAGAACAACAUCCAGACGCUGCCCAGCUGCGAUGAAAUUUUCCGCUACGAUGCGGAGCAACAGCGCCAAAUCAUUGACGCAAAGCCCUGGGAAAAGGAUCCACACUUCUUCAAGGACAUAAAAAUCUCGGCUUUGGCGCUCCUCAAGAUGGUGAUGCACGCCCGCUCUGGCGGAACACUAGAGGUGAUGGGUCUGAUGUUGGGCAAGGUUGAGGACAACACGAUGAUUGUCAUGGAUGCAUUUGCUCUUCCCGUGGAGGGCACAGAGACCCGUGUGAAUGCCCAGGCGCAGGCUUACGAAUACAUGACUGCCUACAUGGAAGCUGCCAAGGAAGUGGGCCGCAUGGAGCACGCCGUGGGCUGGUACCACAGUCAUCCCGGCUACGGUUGCUGGCUGUCCGGCAUUGAUGUUUCUACGCAGAUGCUCAAUCAGACGUACCAGGAGCCCUUCGUGGCCAUCGUGGUCGAUCCGGUGCGCACCGUCUCCGCCGGGAAAGUCUGCCUUGGUGCUUUCCGCACAUACCCAAAGGGUUACAAGCCUCCAAACGAGGAGCCCUCUGAGUACCAGACCAUCCCGUUAAACAAAAUCGAGGACUUUGGUGUUCACUGCAAGCAGUACUAUCCCCUGGAAAUUAGCUACUUUAAGUCUGCACUGGAUCGCAAACUGUUGGACUCUUUGUGGAACAAGUACUGGGUGAAUACGUUGGGCAGCUCGGGCUUGCUCACCAACACAGAGUACACCACCGGCCAGAUCAUGGACCUUUCCGAGAAACUGGAGCAGAGUGAGAACUUUUUAGGCACCGAUGUCAACGAGAAGCGCUCCGAGGACAAGCUGUCCAAGGCCACAAGAGACUGCAGCCGCUCAACCAUUGAACUGAUACACGGUCUGAUGGCCCAGAUCGUUAAGGACAAACUCUUCAACAAGGUCGGACUGGGCAAAUAGAGCCAGUUUUAGGAUAUUCUUAAUGAAUUAAAAAAAUUAUGGAUUUUCUAUGCAAACAGGCGAAUUGUAAGCCCUUUGGGAAAUAUUUUAAGUAAGUCAAGCUUAUCCAAAAAAAUAUAAAAGCACCCUCAGGAGGGUAAAAAAACUUUAAA